GGAGCCCAUUGCCGGGCACCCUUCGUUCCUGCGAACAACUUACAAUGCUUGUUAAUAUAGGUUGGAAAGUCAUAGGGUUGCAACGCAACGAAGAUUUGUAUGCUACGCUUGCCAAACGUCUUUAAUUAAAAGCACACUGCCAGCUUUACCAAAGCCUUCAUAGCGGCGCUGUACACAAGGCUUCCUACACCUGUGUGCUGUGUAACACAGCUUAACUACGCCUCGCUGUGCCUGGGGCGGGUAGACGCGAAAACAGAUUACGCACGACCGCGGGCUUGCCUGAAGGAGUGAUUUUUAGUACCGUCGGCGUAGUCAAGCUAUGCCCUGGGCCUAACUACACUGACGCGUUUGCUGUUCGGUGUGAGACAAGCCGGCGUAAAGUGUAGCCUGGGCAAUGUCGCUUCCGCCCGUCAUUGCCCUCGACAAUGGAGGCGGCAGCUGUAAAAUCGGCAUGGCCGGCCAGGCCGCGCCAACCAGGGUGUUCCCCAACGCCUCCGCCAAGGCCAAGGGCGAGCGCCAGACGCUGCUGGCAGACCUGCUAGCAGACACGCGGGAGGUGUCGCAGCUCACACUGAGGAGGCCCUUCGACAGGGGCUACCUGUGCCACCUGGACCUGCAGCGGGAGAUCUGGAUGCGCGGGGUGCGGUCGGUGCUGCGCCGCACGCCGGGCGAGUGCGGGCUGCUGAUCAGCGAGCCGCUGUUCAACUUGGAGGAGAUUCGCGCGGGCACACAGCAGCUUGUGUUUGAGGAGCUGGGCUUCCGCUCCCUGUACGCCGCCCCCGCGCCGCUCUUCUCCAUGCACCGCGCGGCGGGCCUGCUGGGUGCCUCGCUGACCGCCGCGCGCAGCGGUGCGGGGGUGGUGGUGGACGCGGGCUUCUCCUUCACGCAUGUGGUGCCAUUCUUCAAGGGACAGAUCCUGGAGGGCGGUGUACGGCGGAUCAACCUGGGCGGCAAGGCCAUGACCAACUACCUCAAGGAGCUGGUGUCGUACAGGAGCCUGAACAUGAUGGACGAGACGUACCUGAUGGACCUGGUGAAGGAGCAGCUGUGCUUCGUGAGCCAGGACGUGCGGGCGGACCUGCGGGCGGCGCAGGUUGCCGCCCGCUCCCCCCACCGGCGCGAGUUCGUGCUGCCGGACGGGGUUCACAACCUGAAGGGCUACGUUCGGGACCCGGAGGAGUGGGCGCGCAAGGUCGAGUCCGUCAAGCAGGCGGUGCGGGGGGCGGAGUCGCUGGAGGAGAAGAAGAGGCUGGCGGCGCAGCUGGAGGCCGACCAGGUGCUCGUCCUCAACAACGAGCGCUUCAUGGUUCCCGAGCUGCUCUUCCACCCGGACGACAUCGGGCUGCAGCAGGCGGGCGUGGCGGAGGCGGUGGUGCAGGCGGUCACCGCCACACACCCCGCGCUGGCACCGCUGCUCUACUCCAAUGUGAUACUCACAGGCGGUGUGACCAGCUGUCCGGGCUUCAAGGACCGCUUCAGUGCCGAGCUGCGGGCGCUGGUGCCCGACGACUGCAGCAUGCACGUGUUCCAGCCGCAGGACCCCACGACAUUCGCGUGGGAGGGCAUGUCUGCGUUCGGCUCGUCCCACCUGUACGGCAGGGUUGCGGUGACUAAGGCGCAGUACGAGGAGAGCGGCAGCUGGGCGGCAACCAGGCAGUACGCGUGAGGCAGGCAGGCAGGCAGACGAGGCAGGCAGGCAGAGAAGGCGGAGGAGGCAAGGGCAGGAACACGGAGGAGGCAAGGGCAGGAGCUGUCAGAGACCCCCGGCAGAGGCGCCUACGGCAUCUGUGACGUGAUCUGUGUCGUUGACCUGAUCUCUGAUCUGGUAUGAGCUACAUGGGCUGUCGUACAGCGCACAGCAUGUAGGAUACAUGUGCGGAGGAUUCAACCUCUUCCGGACAGUAUCUGGUUGAGGUGAUCCCUCCGAUGAUGUACAGGACGAAGGGGAGGAGUCCUAGAAAGGUGUGUAGCACCCGGGAGGAUUAAUCGGAGUCUUGGAGCUUCCGCCUGAGAUGUUGGAGGUCAACAGUGGGGCUGCUGCUGGAUCUAUUUACAGGUGCUGGUAAUCGAACCGGCCAACAUCGACUUCCUCGUUCGCUCGCUACUUUGUGCUUCAAUUCUAGGAAGGGGAUUACCAACGGUGCAUGUGCCGGGUGGGGGAGGCGGGUUGUUUGCUUCCAGUCUGGAAGGGCGAGGCGGGUUGUGAGGGGCUGUGGGACCUCGGCAAACUGCCAACAUGCAUGCACUUUGGCGUCACAUGGUUCUGUGUAUGGCGUAACAUGUGGUCAACGGCGGAGUCGCGACUGGCUAUGACAGGCUAGUAGUGGUCAGCCCCAAUCCUACACCUCUAGGAAGGUCCUAGAAGAGCGAGAGGAAGCUGCCUGACCGGGAUUUUGAACCUCGCCUCCUAAGCAGCAGCUUCCAUGCGAUGAGAGUGUUAGAUGAAGCUGCGCUAUGACCGCGUCUGUUCGCAUGUAGUAGCCUAACUUUGCACUCGAUCGUACCGAGGAAUUGGCUAUGGUUGCACGUGGUGGCGCGAACGGUUGGUGCCGUCAGAAUUGUACGGUAAAUUUGUCAAAGAGCAGAGCAUUUUUGUGACUGGCUCUGUACAAAGCCGUAGCUUAAAAGGGCUACAUCAUACAGCGAAACGCUUAAAAGACGAA